AUGGCUAAGAAAACUGGAGAAAACUCGAAAAAGGCAGCUGGAAAUGCACGUAAAGCAGAACAGGCCAACAAAAAGAAACAAGAGCAACUAAGCCAAUUAGAACAAGAAGAAGCAACAAAAUGGGACGAAGGUUCGAAAAAGGGUAAUAAAAAGAAGGAAGAAGAACAAUUCAAAAAGGAGGAAGCAGCACGUAAGAAGCAAGAACGUGACUUGCUUCUAGCCGCUGAAGAAGCUAGCUUGCCUUCUAAGCCAAUCAAGUCGAAACAACGUGGUGCUGAUAAAGUUGCUGCUAAACGUACUGGUAAAAUUGAUGAUUUCCUCGAUUUCAAUAAGGAUACUCCAGAACUCAGUGCUUCAGGAUUAGACAACGCAUUAGCAGCAUUGGCUUUAACUGGUAAGGACUCUGGUGUCUCAAAUAAGGAUAUCGAUCGUCAUCCUGAAAGAAGAGUUAAAGCCGCUUAUAAUGCGUACGAAGAGCGAAGAUUACCCGAGAUUCGUAAGGAGAAUCCCGGAUUACGAUUACAACAGAUUAAGAAUCUUGUGUUUAAAGAGUUUCAGAAACUGAGUGAAAAUCCAAUGAAUCAAGAGACUAAUGUUCAGUAUAAUGCUAGUAGGGGUGAGUUGGAGAGUAAGAAGAAAGAAGUUAGAGAGUCAAGAGAAAAGAAGUUCAAUUAG